AUGCGGGUCGUAGAAGAAAUUGUUGCAGCGCUGUUCCUCCUUUGCUCGUCGGCCACGACCAGCACGGUAUUUGAGUGGUCGUUGGACUCGUCCCACUGGCGCUUCGAGAACAGGAAUACCAGUGUAUUUGGUACGGGCCGUGUGCCCGGCGACGUGUUCGCCGACUUGCGAUCCAACGGCGUACUGAACGAAGAUCCGUUGCGCCGGUACAAUGACGUAGCAUACCGAUGGGUAUCCGAGGACGAUUGGAUUUACGCCUCGACUUUUAAAGUGAACUCGAGUUUAGAAGAAUUCAAAAAAAAGUAUAUUGUUUUCGACGGAAUAGAUACAUUUAGUAAAAUAUAUUUGAAUAAAAAACUAAUCGGCUCAACGAAUAAUAUGUUUGUGAGGUACACUUUUGAGGUUGAAGAUUUUCUUAAAGAAGGGGAAAAUGUUCUAGAAGUUAUCAUUAAGUCACCUAUACGCAUGGCAAAUCAUUUUUUUAAUGAUUAUUCUAAUAAAAUCCCACCAUUUUGUGUCCCGAAAGAAUACAAUGGGGAAUGCCAUGUAAACUAUUUGAGAAAAAUGCAAAGUUCAUUUGGAUGGGAUUGGGGUCCUGCAUUCCCAUCUGUUGGAAUAUGGAAAAGCGUAAAAAUAAUAAUGUUUCAAGAAAAUUUAUUAGAAGAUGUUAAAACUGAAACAAUAGCGGCUAAUGCUUCACAUUGGUUAUUAAAAACUGAUAUUUAUGUCAAAUGUUUUGAAAGUAUUUCUAAUGCUAAAUUAAAAUUAGCUUUGAAUACUGAAAAAAGUAUUUUAAGCAUAGAACAGGAUUGCUGUAACGAUAUAUGCGUUGAAAACGAAAUUCACACUGCAAUUGAAUUAUAUGUGCCUACGACUGAUGUAAGCACUUGGUGGCCCAAUGGAUAUGGUGAACAGCCACUGUACAAUUUAAGCAUAGAAUUUAAAACUAAAAAUGAUGACGUUCAAUCAAGAACAAUUUCAAUAGGAUUCAGAACAGCCGAACUUAUCCAGAAACAAAUUGAUAAAAAUGAUCCAAGCUUGGGAUUAUCUUUUUAUUUUAAAAUAAAUGGUGUGGCAAUAUUUGCUAAAGGCACUAAUUACGUUCCGGCCAAUGUAUUUCCAGAGAAACUGAAUGAUGAAAAUGUUAUAAGUAAUUUAUUAAUUGCAGCAAAACAAGUUCAUAUGAAUACUAUCCGUGUAUGGGGUGGUGGAGUAUACGAGAGUGAUGUAUUUUACAAAUUAUGUGAUAAAUUAGGUAUAAUGGUAUGGCAAGAUAUGAUGUUUGCUUGUAAUAUGUAUCCAGCAAAUCAUCAGUUUUUAGAAACAGUAGAGGUAGAAAUAAAACAGCAAAUUAGAAGAUUACAACAUCAUCCCAGCAUAAUAUUGUGGGCAGGUAAUAAUGAAAACGAAGCUGCAUUAAGAGGCAAUUGGUAUGGAACAAGAAACAAUUAUUCCAUGUUUGCUUCGGACUACAUUGCACUAUAUGUCAACACUAUAAGAAAAAUAGUAACGGAGGAGGAUAGAACAAGAAAUUUUGUGGUGUCAAGUCCCACUAAUGGCUUAAAAUCUGAAGAAGAAAAUUAUAUAGCGGAAAAUCCAUAUAGUGCAUUAUACGGAGAUGUUCAUUACUAUAACUAUGAGGUUAAUAGUUGGAGCUCAAUUUUUUUUCCAUGGACUAGAUUUGCAUCAGAAUAUGGGUUACAGUCUCUUCCUGCAUAUCAGACACUGCAAAAAGCGUUUGAUGUAAAUGAUUUAAUUAAUUUUCCCUCACCAGCGCUUAUUCACAGACAACAUCUACCUUUAGGAUACGGUUUCAUGUUGUAUCAAAUAGAAAUAAAUUUACCAGUACCACCAAAGCCUACUGUUAGUGAUUAUGUGUAUUUGAGUCAAAUUGUUCAAGCCAGGGCUAUGAGAAUACAAACAGAAUGGUAUCGAAAACAUAGAAAUACAUUAUUAAAAGAUGGUAGAGGCUUAACAAUGGGUGCAUUAUAUUGGCAGUUAAAUGAUGUAUGGCAAGCACCGACUUGGUCAUCUAUAGAUUACGACCAACGAUGGAAAAUGUUACACUAUAGCGCAUUAGAUUUUUUCUCACCAAUUAUCAUAGUUCCAGAAUUAGAAAUUUCAAAUAAUUUAACAAUGUAUGUAGUUUCUGAUAGUCUAGUGGAUUUGGAAGUCAUUUUUAAUGUGGAGGUAUAUAGUUGGAAAAGUAAUACACCACUCUCUACAUACAUAUCAGAUACUAUAUUAUUGAAAAAUAAUAGUGCUCAGUUAAUUUUAAACGAAAACUAUUUUAAUUGGUUAAAAGCACUAACACAAAAAUGUGGUCAAAGCAAAGACCAACAGAUUCGAUCUUGUUUUUUGCACACAAAGCUAUAUUAUAAUAAUAUAAAUAUGACAGAGGCGUCUCCAUCAAAUUACCUGUUCCCUACCACAUUCAACAAAAUUAUUGGUUAUGAGACGCCUAAUAUAUCGGUGUCCAGAGUUUGGCAAGAAACUAAAAACCAAAUAUAUGUUAAAUUGGAAUCAACAGGAAUAGGCUUGUUUGUUUGGCUAAAUGUCACUCAAAUAGAUGGUAACUUCAAUGAAAAUGGAUUUGUUAUGUUAAACAAAACAAAAACUGUGAAAUAUACAUCAAACAAAGAUAUCUCAUUAAAACAAUUUAAUUUAGAAAUUGAACACCUUAGAACAAAAUUUAUAUAG